AUGGCGGUCGUGAUGGAAGGACCUCUAUCUAAAUGGACGAAUGUUGUAAAAGGAUGGCAGUAUCGGUGGUUUGUUUUGGAUGAUAAUACAGGGUUGUUGUCCUAUUAUACAGUGAGUCUAAUUCCUUCUGGGGUGAUUUCCAUAAAAUAACAAAGCACUCGCUUUUACCUUUAAACCUGCGUUCACGUUAGAGAGUCAAUCGUAGACGGUCAGGGAGCCAAAAUAACUACGGUGCACAUUCAGUGAAAUUUUAGGACAAGUAAUGGGGAGGAGGGCCAUUAGGCAACAUAUUCAGGCUCGUUCCUACUGGCUACGUACGUUAUUUAGCGUCUUGGGAGAAAAGGAAACUUAAAACAAAGAGGAAUUUUAUAUGGAGAAAAGUAAACGUAUGAUUCAAAUUAAAUGUAAUUACGAUCGACGAGAUGAUGUUAUUUCGUAAACUGAAAAUUCUGUUUGACCAUGUUGCUAUUGAUCACAGUCCAAGGACAAAAUGAUGAGAGGAACAAGAAGAGGAUGUUUACGUCUGAAGGUAAAUUAAGUUGAUAUCUGACAGACCCUCCACAUCUUUUCAAUGCAAUGUUUCAUAUGGAGCAGUUUGCAAAAGGCAUUGACUUUGACUGUAAAUAUAUGAAAAUCUUAUAUGUGUACUGCAGAUAAAGAAAUGAAUACAGAAGCGAUCCUUGCAGUUAUGAACACUACUGAUGUAAUGGUUGUUUGCCCAGUUGGUAGAGCACUUUGUUAGCUCAGUUGGCAGGGUGCUGCACCGAUAUCUCAAAGGUCAUGGGUUCAAAUUCCGUAUGGACCUGAAUUUUUUCAGGCCUUAUUUCAACUAGUAGUUUAGAUGUGUUCAUGACUGCAAGGAUCACUCUUAUAUUAGUUUCUUCAACCGCAGUGCACAUACAUGAUUUUCCUAUAUUUACAGUCAUUGUUCACUACUUGGAAGGUUUAUUUGGAUCCAGCAUAAUGACUAGCUCCCAGUUGGCUUGUUAGCUCAGUUGGUAGAGUGCUGCAUGGGUAUUGCAGAGGUCAUAGGUUCAAGUCCUAUGUGGGCCUGAAUACUAGUUCAGUAGUGUUCAUAACUGCAAGGAUUGCUUCUAUAUUCAUUGGCAUUGACUUUGUUGAAAAGGACCCUAAGGUGUAAAGUUGAGCUUUGGGGUUAUCUGUAAAGAAGCUUACAGAGAUGUAGCCCUGUAAUGUUUGAAAAAUUGAACCUAUGGAUAAUUAUAUGAUGUGAGGAAGGGGUACAAGAUAUGUAACCCCACCCCUUAUUCUCACUCAUUGUCUUGUCCCUAAGUAUCUUACUCAAAUUAAAUAUAACAAUUUAUAUGGGAGUAAAUUCUACAUUUACGCUGUACAUGUAGCUAAAGAUCCUGUGAUAUAGCCAGCCUGACCUCUACAUAACAGUCCAAGUCAAAAUUUUGAUGCACUCAUUUAAAGAUUACAUGUGAAAAAGUUGGUUGACAUAAUGAAAUAAAUUUUAGGGGGCAAACAUUGGAAUUGAUGAUGAAGAGGACAGCACCUUUACAAUAAGCUGUGAUCAAAAGACCUUUCACUUUCAAGGUAUCCAUAUAAAGUUUUUACUCUCCUUGUCAUAUAAUUUAAAUUAAUAAUUAUAAUUGUACACUUUAAUAUAAUGCUUCUUAAUAUUUCCAAAUUUUGAAUAAGGAUGUAUAUUGCAGCUGCAAAUAGCUGGAAAAAAAUACAUGCUGCAACAAAGUUUGAUCAGUUCCAUGAGCUGUAUGUAUAAUUUGAUCUCAUUCAUUGUACUAGCUAUGGUCUUUGUUUCAAUGGGGGUAAUUAUUCAAUAACUCCACCACACGAAAUACAGAGUUUCGUCUAUAGCAGUUAAUUUUGCCCAAGUUCUGAUGUUAUUUUCCAUUUUUAUAAAUUCAAACCUGUAAAAGACUCAAUUCCAUUGGGGGUCAUUUUCCAAGUUACUGACUAGUUUUUAAGGGAUGAGAAGGUAAUCUGUUAGACCAAAAACUUGAACGUGAACUUGUGUUCCUCUGAAGAAUACCAUAAUGUGACUGUUGAUUGAAAACAAUACUUUUCAGUGUUUUGCCUGCCAGCCUCAAGUUAGGUGACAUUUUAUAAGAUAUCCAUGGUCAAAUUAUUUGACCAGCUGGUCAACCUUUAGCCUGUCUCAAGUUAAGUAACAUUGUAUUAGAUAUCCAUGGUCAGAUUGUUUGAUCAGCUGGUCAACUUAAAGCCUGUCAAAACCAGAAAUUUACAACAUAUUUUUUUGAUGACCAGUUGUUAUUUUUAAGGUUCCCAACUCGUUAUUAUACCUCAUCAUACAUUACCAUAAUUGAGGAAAUUAAUUUGUAACCAAUGCUGAGCUUAAAUCAGAACCUGUAUGUCAGCAUUUUAAUAUAGAUCUUUUAUGUAUUAUUUGUUAUAUAUUAAGUAUGAAGUUCUAUUUGUCCUGUUCUGGCCUUUUUGAUUCUUGUUUGUUUUUAAUUUUUUUAGCUUUAAUUUAUUUACGACUUUGAUUACAAUAGUUUCCUCUCCUUUUGUCAGCACGUGAUGCAGAGGAGAGAGAACGCUGGAUUAGAGCUUUAGAAGACACAAUCAAAAGACAUUCACAAGCCAGAAAGGUUUCUUAUUUCUUUCUUAUUUCAGGAUCUUGAAUUGAAGUGUGUUCAGUUUAUGUAAAUUGGAAAGUAUACUAUUGUUAUUCUGUGCCUUGGAAGAUUCGACAUUGUUUUGUGCCUUAAUCUUUUCAGAGACCAAUGGCAGGUUUUCAGACUCUGUUUGAUCCCUCUCAAGAAAACUUGGAACAACGUCUAGCAGAAGCUGAAGCAUACCAGAAGAUUCUUGAACAACAAAUCAAGGUGUAUACAAGUGAUACUGAAUUAAUUUCAUUUACUCUGUUUGAAGUAUACAUCAUCACAUCUCUGACAGUGUAAGCCCCCAUCUUCUUGGUGGACAUACAUGUUUUUCUGCCAAAUAGAAGUUCUUUAAUGCUGUCUUCAUACAUUGCUUUGGGAAAAUCCAAGAAUGAAUUUGUGUUGUGAUGUCACAGAGUUUCCUUACCUCCAAAAUAUAAAAGACGUAAAAAACCUUUGGUUGUUUUGUCAUGUCACUUUGAUUUCAUUUGAAAAUAAGUAUUAUAACAUAACAUGCGUGCUUGCUCUAUGUAAGUCCUAUUAAGCUGCUAUGAACAAAAUCUUUAUUUACGCACGCCUGUGUGUAAAUAAGAUGACGUGAGUAGUUUUUGUUCAUUGCCGCUCUGUUAUAAAAGAAUUUGCUCAUGCUUUUAGCUGUGCGUAUAUCAAGUUAUGGAUGCACUUUGGAAGUUUGGAGAGCACUCAAAAAGCUAGAGUUGCUCCUGGCUGCACCUCAAGCUACUCUUACAUAUUUUUCAUGCUUCCCAAACUUCCCACAUGCAUCCAUAACUCGAUAUAUGCAUGCUAAGCAUGAACAAAUUCUUAAUAGUAGCAUUUUUUGGGUGAAGUAAAUUUUAGUUGUGCUUGUAGGACAGUGAAGCCUUUCCAGUCACUCAAGGGAUUCUAUCCAAUUCUGUUAAUUUGAAAACUUGCUAAGACAAAUCAUACCUCAAUAUAGUUUAUUUAGACCAGGAGGAGGCAGUUAUACAAUUAUGUUUUAAAUAUUUCUUGUAGAAUUUACAUACUCGAAUGAGUGCUGAUACAGGAGCUCAAGAUUCACAGGUAUUUUUGCUUGCUGUUGUUUAGGUUCAAUUUUUUGAACAAUUGUUUUGGUGGAAAAAAAAAACUUUUUAGGACAAUUGAUUUAGAACACCCAUCCCCUGACUUUCCCUUUCAUGUACUUGACAGAAUUUUCUGUUAUCAAACUCAUUUUACUACACAUCACAAUGAAGUCAGGGAGCUUAAUUAAAUUACUUGUACUUUUUUUUUCCUUAGAGAUAUGCUAUCCUAAAGGACACAUCUACUGUAAGUAACAGCAAAUUAAGGAAGGUUAAAAAUGAUUGGCAAAAAGGUGUUUGCUCACACAUUAACUGUAUGCUUAACCCAAUAUUCAAAGUCAGCAGCACCCUCUACCCAGUGUCCUUUCUUUGACACUCCACAUUGUCCAACCUCAAACAUCAAGCCUGCUACCUGACCUAUGAAAGAGGGUAAGCUUGGCUGUCAAUCAUACAACAAAAGCGAGAUAGAAAAUCAGCCAAGAAAGUUUCGUGCAACCCACCCUCUGUUAGGGUUGUCCUAGAUAUAAUUCUGGGUGACACCUUUGACAAAAAACUGUCCUUCAUUUAAAGCCGUGAGAUUGACUGAAGAUCUGUGAUCCUAGCCAUCAUGGGUAAACUGAAUGGGUAUGUGGCCAAUCUUAGCAGAUAAAUGAUAAAGGGAUGAAUUUACUAAUCCCAGGUAUUGUACCUGGGCACAAGCUUACCAAAUGUUUUGGAAACUUUUUAUGAUUACUCAUUAUUUGGAUGGUAGGAUAAAGUACUUAUAUUCAUGAAAUAGAUGAUUCCUAUAUCUAUUUUUGAAGUUGUACCCCUUUUAGGCUUUCCAAGUGUUAUCUAAUCAUUACAACCAAACAAAUGUGUACUUUUAUGAUUUUAGCAAUUUAAUUCAUAACAAACAACAGCGAAAGAUAAAGUGCUGUACACUGCACAGUACUGAGUAUUUAAGAUAAGACAUGGUUUGAUGCUACCCUGAUUUACAGAUUUAAUGAAUGUAACUGAAGAAGUUACAAUUCAUAGACCCAACGUUUCGACACUCCUGUCUAGUGCCUUCAUCAGGGGUCAAAGUCACUAAAUCUGUAAACCAGAGUAGCAUCAAACCAUUUCUGAUUGCCUAUCUGGUUGCCGUGUGAACUUUAAUAUAUUUAAGAUAAUUUAUUAAGGAGUGACAACAAUAAGGGUCUGUACCAAAACGUUUAAGUAAUAGUUGACAAAAAUACCACAUUCCUGGCAUUGGGUCUUGUUUCCACUGAAUGGACUAUUUCAUACAUGAAUUUAUCUUUGUGUAGAAUAACAAAACAUUGUUAGCAGACAUAACUUACACUGCACCUUUCUUGUUUAUUUUUUAUGUCCUGCAUGAAAUUUUAAAAUAAGAUUAUGAGGUUGGAAUUUAGAGAUAUUUUGCAAACUUGUUUUUAUACUUCCAUAAGACUGUAGUUUUGUAGUUUUCCAUUUUCACAUUAUCAAGUACCUAUAAAUUGAGUAAGGUUCUUGCAACUUGCAAUUUCAAUGGAUAAAUAAAAUUCAAUUACAUGAAAUUCAAACAAACAAGAAUUAGUAACCUUACGUGGAAAGCUAAGCAAUGAAGAAAGUUUCCAGAAGUGAUGUUAUUUUGUCCUCCUAAAGUACAAUAUCAAUUAUUCAUGCAAAGUAAUGCUUUUCCAAACAGGUACCUGUUGGGUUCAUAUUUUUUAGAGGGCCAUAAAUUAUUAUUCAAAAUAGAUUUCUUUUUAUGGUAUUCUGAAUGGUUUGUGUUGUAACUAAACUUCAAUCUUUUAAGGCCAAGAGAAUUUUUCAUGUGUCAACAUCUAGAAUAAUAAGAAAUGCUGUAACAAACAUACAGUUCAAUUGGAGAUUUUUCCAAGUGAUUAAUCAGUCUAGGAAAAAUGGCCCUUGAUGGAGGUAUCCACAAAACAAUAGUUAUGAUUUUUUUCUUCAAUAGAGAAUGCUGGAGUCAAUGAAUCAUUGCUUGAAGCAGAUGUCUGCUCUAAAGGUAACUGUUCUUCUAUACUUGAUAGACCAACAUUGUUAUUUGAGGACUGUAACUGUGUUGAUGAUUUUUUCAUCAUUAAUUUAUGAAACAGUUCUGCUUUGAAACUUUGUAAACUAACACCCAUUCUCCUUCCUGUGAACACCCAUAAAGCUAACAUUUGUAAACAGUUGUUGUGUUACUUUAAUUCCAACAGAUUGAAUGUGAGAAAUCAGUUGCUACAAGUACUUGUGUAGAGCUAGUGAUGCCAGUACUCAAUGAUCAUAACUCAGCCAAAAGCUCAGACCCUUCUCUUGCACAGGACAGUGAUAGAGGUGGGAAUGAAGGAGAGCAAAAUGUGGAAACUGCAGCAGAAAACAGAACCCUUAAGUCCAGUAAGAGUGACUCCUCACUUAAUGUGAGGGAUAAGUCUUCUUCAGUUUCCAGUGAUGAAGGAUGUGGUUUUGAAUCCUCUAAGGCAACAUCAAAAUCUAACCAUGAACUAUCAUCACCUGAAAGAAGUGUUCACUUACAACUUGACAGAACAAGUAUUCACCCACAAGUUGGGUUCUCUUUGUCACCAAGUCGUGAUGGUCAUGUGGUACCAUUCACUUCAUACUCCAGUAGCGAGGAUGAAGAUGAAGUGGAAUUCUUUGAUGCAGAUGAGUUCCAUGACUCAGAAUCUGCACCGUCAAGGUUAGUGGUGGACCUCUCUCUGUCCAAUAACAACAUUGCCUCUAUGUAACAUCAAUAAUCAUUAUUAUAAUUUGCACUGUUACACAACUGCAGUAAGCUAACUCAAUAGCUGUAAAUAUAUUGUGCCAUAAGGUAAGGUUGACUGUGCUUGGAAAAGAAGUCAUCAUAAUUGGAGCUUGAAUAGAGUAAGGCUUGCCCAAUAUCACAGUCUUUGAAAUGUUAAUUUCAAACUUAAGGUAAUUCUUUGUUGACAGUUGUUGUUAUUGUUGUUGUCUUUUUUUUGUACAGCUCUCCUCCUCAGAGUAACCCAUUUUCAGCAUCCAAGAAGUGGAUGGAUCGAGGUAAUUUUUUGUGUUAUUUAUAUAAAUGGCAGUAUGUCCAUAGUUAAGAGAAUCCAAGGCUUGGUUUGUUUGGCCUUAAUCAUGGAAAUAAUUAGAAAUUGUACAGUAAAAUCCCUUUCUUAACCCUCUAACUUCCAGGAUCUGAUUGUUAAUUCUCCCCUCUAGCUACUACACAUUUCCUUGUAAAGUAGCUGGGAGAAUUUAGUGUUAGAUCAAGAUAACUUUUCCCUAAUAAGUUUGAGUAUUCUCAUUACCUGCUUGCUGGAUAAUGUAUGGAUAUUAUUGGGAGAAGUAACAUGUUAAUCACUUUUGGGAGUUAAACGGUUAACUGAAUCUCCUAAGUCCCUAAAUUAACACACUUGACCUUGUUGCUUCUUUUUUCCCACUGGAAUUGUGCAAGUGUCAGAGAAAUCCAAUUUUUGAAUGUUUGGUCAAAGCCCGGUUCCAAUUUUUGUAAAUGAGGGAGUUAAAAAGGCCUUUACUUUGUUGUUAAUAUACUAAAGUAUCUCUAUAUGUAUAUUUUAAUUUAGACGAAUAUGAAAUAGAGGAUGAUGACACUACAGGAGGAGACCGUAAGUGAUUUGCAAAUGUAUGUAGGCGUAAGGUUUAACGAAACACCGCUUUUGAAUCUUAUGAUGACAAUAAUAAUUAUUUACGAGUAAUAACUUGGCAAUAGCUUGACACGUCAAUACUUAUUGAUUUUAUACAACGUUCCUUAGAAGUUUCUUUUAAUAGUUAACGAGGUGAAAGUCAGUUAGCCUCAUCACGGAUAUCAAUACACAUAAUUUUUUUGACUCAUAAAUCAAGAAAAACCUGUUGUCUCGUUUCCUUUUUAACCCACCUAACCAAACCAACCCUUCAACAGUCUUUGAGGAAAUCUGAGAUUCACCUUAAAUGUUAUUACUUUGAAGGAAGUUGAAGGUCUUGUAAGGGGUAACUCUCUAGUGGGGUGGGGUAAGAGACUUAUCUCGGUUGAGAGGCUCUUUUGGGAAUUGUUAUUUAGAUUGUGUUACAGAUCUAAUCAAAUUGUACAGUUGCCCCUCAUACACUAAAAACGAAAGGAGGUUGGAAAUCAGUUUGCAGAAACUGUCAAUUUGCUAAAUUCCUUGGCCUGAAACAGCAAUAUCUAACUAGUGACAAGGGCUCGAAAUAAAUAUUACGUCAACGUGCACGUGCAUUCAUGAGUAGACGAUCUCCCAUACUUAGACUGAGCGUUUCUCCUGAUGAAACACUUCACAUGCAACAAAGUAAAAAUUAUUAUUAUCUCCUUUCCUCCGUAGUCCUCCAUUUCAGUAAUGUUAAGGCUUUGCUUGUAACUUUACAUAAAAGAGCAACGCUUGAACGUUGGUACGAUGAAUAACCCUAUUAGCUUGUAUUUUGUCGUGGCGGUUAGAGAAGCACGUGCCUAACAUUACCGUAACUGUGUCUCUGUCUCACGAGAUUCUUGUGAUCUACAUAACAUAUUACGUAAUGGGAACUAUUUGGCACAAUAGCGAAAGUAUAACUAAAAGCACAGUAUCGUUAAUUUCGGUAAAACUGCUCAAACAAUGGCAAAAACUGUCAGAGGUAAGACUUAGCUGCUAUUUUUCCUUAUUUUGUUUUUCUAUGAAAGUGACUUUGUUUCGGCUGCUGUGUGGUUUAUUAGAAUGGCUUAUUAAUGCUCCUAGUCGCUGUUUUUAUUUUUGUCAUCAGUUAUUCUCAAAUUUAAACGCAUAAGGAAACAACAAUAUUGCUUAGUCCAUCCAGAUUUAUCAUUUGUGGGUUGUUUUUGUUGAUUGCAGUUGAGGCUAUCGACAAACAUAGCAGUAUUAUCACUCAUUUGUUAUCUCAAGUGCGUCUAGGAAUGGACUUGACCAAGGUGAACUGAUUAUGACUGAAGAAAUGUAAAAUGGUUUCCGUGUUUACAUAGCCUGAUGUAAACACGCGGGAGGUUGGGAGAACACGAGAUAAGCGUAGGAAACCACGACGCGAAGUGGAGUGGUUUCCAGCUUAUCGAGUGUUCUCCCAACCUCCCAAGUGUUCACAUCAGGCUAUGUAAACACAGAAACCAUUUUAUAUUUCUUUUAUAAAAUAACUAAUGAAAGAGGAACGAAAACCGUGUUUACAUGCGCUCAUGUAAAAUGGUUUUAUGGCCAAUCAGAGCGCGCGUACUAUUUGAAUUAUUUUAUGAAAAAGAAUCGCUUAUGCUGCGAAACUAGACUCUUCAUUGGCUCUGUCACUCGAUUUAUUGAUUGAUUGAUUGAUUGACAUCUUAGACUUUUUUCCCGCUUGUAGGUUGUUCUUCCGACGUUUAUCCUGGAGAGAAGGUCUUUGUUGGAAAUGUAUGCAGAUUUUUUUGCUCACCCUGACCUGUUUGUCGAGUAAGUUCCGUCAGUGGUAGUUUUGUUUUCAGUCAGUCUGUCAACGUAAUGAAUAAUAGAUAAGAAUUUGAUGUCUCGGCAGAUUUUUCGUGCAUGAAGUGAUCAAGUAUGCAUUAACUUGUGUGUUGUUUGUUGUAUUUUUAGUAUUGUGAACUAUUCACAUCCAAGAGAUCGUAUGAUAGCAGUAGUUAGGUGGUAUUUGUCUGCUUUCCACGCUGGUCGUAAGGUAUGUUAAACAUUCCUCUUUGCUGACUUAUUUGUUACUAAGCGUUAGAUUAAUUUGUUACAUCAUUAUUUUUCAAGAUAUACAGUUUUCUUCAGGUAAACCGACAAUAAACAGCUUAUUUGUUUCCCGCUCACUUAGUCCAUCUCAACGUGAUCGCUAAUACGUUUUUGCUACUUAACACUUCUCUUUUAGCUAGUUCAUAGAACAUUUUUAAAUCCCAUCGAUUAAAGGUAUGCUGGCAGCUUAUACGUUGCCGUGGAUGCCCUUGGCAUCCAGCCGCAGAAUUUAACUCCAAAGAUUUCACUUUCACUUUUCCCUCGCUUUAAGCCGUCAAGUAUUAUUGAUUGGUGAAAUAACCUUGAUAGACUGGCCUGUGUAGACUACCAUUAGCUACGGCUGGCCAGGAGAAAUUUUGUCACUACUUCACGAAAAUAGGUAUAAUAAGGACUGUUGUUGAGAACAAAAACGUUUCUGUGAACUUUUAUUUUUUAUAGGGCUCAGUAGCAAAGAAGCCUUACAAUCCUAUCCUAGGAGAGGUGUUUCGUUGUUUCUGGGUUUUGCCUGAGUGUGAAACGUCAAGAACAGAGGUGAGUUAGUGACUUAUCUGAUCAAAUGAGUCAUUAUGGAUUUGACUGAAAUGUCAGCUAUUAAAACAGCAUGUGCUUCGUCACAAUAAAUGUCCUAUGACUACACAGUCCACCCAACAGGAAAAUGACUGAAUUUAAAUGAAAACAGGAAGUGAACAGAUUCCACCAAAUGAGGAAGUAGAGUUGGCUUUCUACGUGUAGUUAUCAGAAUAUCUCCGUGUUAUUCAUCGUUCAUACACCCCAUCCCCUACUGCUCCAUAUAUGAAAACUAAAGAAAGGAAAAUGCUUAGCUUUACCACCAUUCUCUGUUACCAUUACAUUGAAAUACACAUAAAGUAGAUGCCUUGGUCCUACUCGUUGUAGAGAUUCCAAUAGGACAUUGAUUUAAAACCAAAAAAACCGAAGAAAACUCAAGAACUGUUGCAUGCCUGGUACGUCAUUAGGGUGUUGCAAAAACCUAUCGGAGUCUGCUGAAUGAAAAAUCAAAAUGAUUGUACGUUUAAGUCGAGUGGACGACUCAGUUUUUAGUGUCUCCUACUCAAACUGAUGUGAACGAGGAAAAAAAAAAUGUAAAGAUGGAGUAUGAUUGUUUUUCUUUGGGUCAAAAAAGAUUUACGACUGAGUUAAUAAUAUAAAAAAAUGUACCAAGGUAGAUAUAAAACGACAGACGUCUUUCUUGAAUACUUUGUAGCUGAACAUUUUUUUAUGUUUUCGUGAUUUGUAGAAAUGUCCAGUUGAUGGACCACUGCCGUGGGCAUCAGAAGAUGACGUCACUUUCAUUGCCGAGCAAGUAUCCCAUCAUCCUCCAAGUGAGUAUUGAUUUCUUGAAGGCUUGUCAGGUGCUUGACAUGUAAUUCUUGAAGUAUUAUUAUAAUGUGUGUUAUUUGUUCCUAGUUUCUGCGUUUUAUGCAGAGAAUUGCAGUAAACAGAUAUCGUUCAAUGCACACAUCUGGACCAAGUCAAAGUUUCUAGGACUGUCAGUUGGAGUGGAAAAUAUUGGACAAGGUGACACCUUAUUUUCUAAGGCUUUAACAUCUUUUUCGUUUGAAACACCUCAGGUCAAAGCUUUUCCUCCAUACUGAUCCUAUUUAUUCUUGUUACAGGUUGUGUGUCAGUUUUACCAUAUAACGAGGACUAUGUAUUAACAUUCCCUAAUGGCUAUGGCAGGUAGAAGUUUUCAGUGUUGUGGUAUUUGCUCUUAACUCGAUUUCACUAGACAAGACUACUUUUUUCAAUUGCUUCACAUGUGAAAUAUUGACUCCUGGAGUAAAUUUGGAUCUUUCGUGUUACAGAUCAAUUCUCACAGUUCCUUGGGUGGAGAUUGGAGGAAAAACCAACAUAACUUGUUCUAAAACUGGAUAUCAAGCUGCAGUACAGUUCCAUUGUCGGGUUUGUUUACUGCUCUGCUCAGAGGAAGCUUGUUUUCACCUAUAUCUGUCUGUGCUCUUUAUGAUUAUAAUUGUAUUUUUUACAUUUCAGCCUUUUUAUGGUGGUAAAAAGCAUCGUAUAACUUGUGAAGUAACGUAAGUGUAAAACGCACUUUGCUGGGAUUGUUGCUGUUUCCUAUUUACAAACGAUUUUGUCCUUGACCGUCAAUUAGUCUUUUUUGUCUGCUUUAGUUCUCCAGAAGAUAAGAAAACCUUUCUUACCAUCACAGGGGAAUGGAAUGGACAAAUGUUUGCCAAAUAUUCCGAUCGAGAGGUAACCAGGCGAUAAAUUAGUUAGUCAAGUGUUUGCCAGUAAGAGACAGCAGCGUCUUCACUGAUCAUACUUAAAAAUCUGCUGUAAACUAUCAAAACUCCACCCGCCGCCGUUGUAACACCAAGCUAGUUUUUAAGUUGCUAGUUUUUUUCUUCUCAUCUGUAACUCCGGUUUUUCCUAGGAACCCGAAUUAUUUGUUGAUACAUUGAGCAUGCCAACAGUCAUGAAAACUGUAAAGAAAAUUCAUAAACAAGAAGAAAACGAAUCUAGGAGGUAAGCAUCCCACAUCUUGUUGAUGCUAGUUUUGUUUGUAGGUUGUAUUUGUUUGAAGAGAAGGAGUAAGUAUUCCCUUUGUUUGAUGGAAGAAUCUUUCUCCACUCAGAUUAUGGAAAGAUGUUACAAUAAGUUUAAAGGACGACGAUGUGGAAAAUGCAACUGAAGCGAAACACAAGGUACGUAGAUAUGUUCUUUGUUAUUAAAACCGCUAUAACUUCUCUGAAAUAAUUUCGUUUUAAUGCGGCUGACUCAUGGCAAGCUCUUGGUGUGCCUGUGUAUGAACUUUAUAUAGUCUCGCGUGCUCCUGUGCAUAUCCUAUUGAUUGAUCUCUCAUUAGUAUAAAUGCUGAAGGUCUACCUAACUUAUUUUCUUGUUGUCUCAGUGUUUAUUUACAUUGUUUAUUUACAUUUUGUUAGUCGACUGAUUUAAAUUUGAACCUUUGGCUCGGGCGUCUUGGCGACCACUCCCUACCUUUCGAUGUUAUUGAAAUAUAUUUAUAAGUUAUCAGUAAAUAGUGGAUUAUGUCCGAUCCUUUUUCUACUUGUUCUAGUUAGUGAUUAUGUUAAGCAAUUAACUGGAAUAUAACGUACUAGUUUCUGCCAUUUUUCAUUUUUAGUUAGAAGAACGACAGCGAGCGGAGGCGAGAGAAAGAAAAGAAAAAGGACUAACUUGGCAAACAAAGGUAAGUUGUUUUUUGACUGUGAGGGUGGGGAGGUAAAUCUUAUAAGGAGAGUUCACAGAAGAGGGAUGCUUGAUUCUACUUAUAUUCCUGCUGUUAAAGGUUAAACAUUCGUCUCUUUGGUUUUGAUUGGCAGUUGUUCCAUGAAGUGGGAGAAAACUGGGUGUACCACAAACCAUUAAUAACAAGGCUUGCCAAUCCGAGUCCUUCUAAAAACAAAUGAGUCUCCGCUGGAUACUGAAGCAGUGGCUUGAUGCUUGUUGCCGUGGAUACAUAUUCAUUCACCCAACUCACCCUAAGUCGAGAUUCCCAUAAGAUUCACGGUCCUAAAUACAGGUUUCUAAAAUAGAACUCAGUGAAUUGAAGCAAAUAAUUUAAAAUUUGUGUUGAAUUACUGACUUCUUAGCUGCUCAAUGAAUAGAGCACUUCAGGGUUGUUUUUUCUCUUUUUGGGAAUAAAUGUCUGGCACAAGCUAUUUUGAAACGCUUUUUUUUUAUGGAAAUUAAAACAAAGUAAUUAUAUCCGUACAAUUUUAAAAACCGGAUACUGUUCCAUAAAAACCACUAUGUUGGUUUUAAGAAGUAUUUUUAGCACUCUUUCGGCUGUAAAGGAAAAGAAAAGACGCUAAAACUAAAUUUCGAGCAAGAUAGCAAGACAAUAUUUUAAGUUUACUUCUUUGUGUCUUAAUUUACUGUUUAUCCACUCGAGGAGAAAAUACGAGAAAGACUUUGAUCCAAAUAUAGGUACUUAAGUAUGUGUAAUUAUCAAAAUCAAUUGCAACUCGUUACCUUAGGUUUUAAAAGAAAUUCAACACCUCUUUGUGUGUCGUUUACAAAAUGUCUGUUUAAUUUACUCAGCCGAAGAAUCCAUUUAUAUUACAAGGGGUUGAGAUCAUAUUUCAAGGAAGACGUCAGUACACUUGUAGAAGGAAAUUCUUGUCAAAGGAAUUUAAAAUAAGUUUUAGAAAAGAUAAUGAGAAGUGCUUUUGUACUGUGAUUGUUAAAGG